UUGAAAACUUCUUCAUCUUCUUCUUCACGCCGCCUCACACUUUCUUUAACCUUUCCUCUUCACUCUCCUCUCUCUUUGCAUUCCCUCUAAAUCAUUGUAAACCCCUAAUUCUCUCCCAAAGAAUUAGUCUUUUUGUGUUUUUGAUUGUGUUUUGUUUUUUUUUUUCUUUUAGCUAUGGUGGUUUCAUUGUCUCUCUAAUGCCAGCUAUCUUCUCUUGCUGGGUCUUCCUGUGCGUCUACGUUGCCUAGUGGUUUAGAAUCUGUUUGGCAGAAAGGAGUUCUUAAGUUAUUCACAAAAUGGAAGAUGGAAGAACUGAACUAGGGGUUGAUGAAUUUGAAAAGCUUCUUGGGGAGAUACCGAAUGCUACAUCCGGGAAUACACAUUCCGAGGAAUCUGGACCGAAGAGGGUCUCUUCAAAUUUUGGCUUGUUGCCUAUCAGUGUCAAUUCCUGCAAAGGGCCUUUGACUGAAAAACUCAAAACCAAUGGAAGUUUAGAUGAAGGAAAGAUAUCAGUGGAUAAACCUCGUCAGUCACCAAUCAAGAGGAUUGGACAGCAGGAAGCAAAUCUUCCUGAUGACCAGUCCUUGACAUCUGCAUUUGCUGAUCUCAGAUUUAAUGGGGGAAUAAUGAUGGAACCUGGGAGUCCUUGGGCAAAAUCCUCACCGAAUCAUACUGUUUUAUUGGAUUCCCAAUACACAAGCAGCUUAAAGGAACCGGUUUCUAAUGUUGAUCCGCGACUGAUGGUUGUUUCCUCUUUCCAAUCAACAAAUAACAAACCCUGUGGUUUUGAUGAAUUCAAUGUGGCAAAAGUUAGACAAGAAAGUUCAAAUGUUGUAAAUCCUGAUUUUCAAGAACUCAAGAAGACGCAGGUUGGUUAUUGUCAGCCAGUUGAAAAUUUCUCUGCUGCCUUGCCGCUUGCUCAUGGGGUGCAGGGUCUCCAGUUCCUAUCUAAUUUGCCUGUCCCUGGUGUGGAGUUUCCUGUAAUGUCUGAUCAGCAGCACUACUUUGCCGAAGCACAAUCCUCGUUUCCUUACUUACAUUCACAACAUUUAAACCAGCCUAAUAUUAGUUGGAGUAAUAUUGAACAGGAACAAUAUCAUAGGAUGCAUCAGCAGUACUUAUUUCUGCAGCAGCAGCUUCGGAAUCAGCGAACGGAAACCCAGAAUCCUAUUCAACUGAAUGGAAAUAUUCCAACUAAGCUAAUUGGUCGUAACCUAAGACAACCAUGUUUUGAGAUACCAAACCGAUUUGAACAAUCUAAUCAAGAAACAUUUUGGAACACUUAUCCAGUCCCAAGAGGUAUGAACCAACCAAAUCCUGCUUUUUCCUCCACUGAGUACAAUGCUAUGCAUGUUUUGGGAAAAGUGGGAAAGCAGACAUGUCCUGAGAAGAUUUUAACAAGAUCACAGGGAUUAAACAUGCUUAAAUCUGUCAAAUUUGGAGCUGUUGCAGGAAAUGAAUUGCUAUCUCAUGGAAACCAGAAUGGAAAAGUUCUAUCAAAUGGUCAUGUAUGCCUUAGCUUAUCUAAUCCAAAUGUUGGAUGCAUUGAGCUUGAUGGUCUGAACUCGUGGUCUUUGUCCCAUGACACUACAGAUCUCAAAAGUACUAAUUUGAGGCCUCAACCACAUAAAUAUAAUUCUGUGGAUGAAGUCACUGGUAGAAUAUAUCUCAUGGCGAAGGACCAACAUGGUUGCCGCUUUUUGCAAAGAAAAAUAUCAGAGGGCACCUCUGAAGAUAUCGAAAAGAUAUUUGUUGAGAUCAUUGAUCACAUUGUCGAGCUCAUGACGGAUCCCUUCGGAAAUUACCUGGUCCAGAAGCUGCUUGAGGUGUGCAAUGAGGAUCAGAGAAUGCAAAUACUUCAUGCCAUCACAAGAAAAGCUGGAGAUCUUGUCAGAAUUUCAUGUGACAUGCAUGGGACUCGGGCUGUUCAGAAGGUUAUUGAAACCCUUAAGAGUCCAGAGCAGUUUUCCUUGGUUGUCUCAUCAUUGAAACCUAGUAUAGUGACACUCAUAAAAAAUAUGAACGGAAAUCAUGUUGCACAGCGCUGCUUAUUGUAUUUACAGCCAGAGCACAGCAAGUUCCUCUUUGAAGCUGCAACUAAUAAUUGUGUUGAGCUUGCAACUGAUCGCCAUGGCUGUUGUGUGCUUCAAAAAUGCCUUACUCAUUCCGAGGAUGAGCAUAGACGUCGUUUAAUCUGUGAAAUCACUUCAAAUGCUCUAAUCCUUUCACAAGAUGCAUUCGGGAACUAUGUUGUGCAAUUUGUGUUUGAGCUUCGACUCCCAUGGGCAACAAUGAAUAUUCUUGAUCAGUUGGAGGGUAACUAUGGGGAUUUGUCCAUGCAGAAGUACAGUAGUAAUGUGGUUGAGAAAUGCCUAAAAUAUUCAAAUGAGGAAUGCCGUGCUCGUAUAAUCCGGGAGCUGAUAAGUAAUGCUCACCUGGAUCAAGUCAUGCUAGAUCCUUAUGGAAACUAUGUUAUUCAAGCAGCAUUGCAUCAAUCAAAGGGAACACUUCAUGCUGCAUUGGUGGAUGCCAUAAGACCUCAUGUACCUGUUCUGCGGACCAGCCCAUAUGGGAAGAAAGUUCUAUCUAGCAAUAGCUUGAAGAAAUAAUCUGCAAGCUGGAUCAAAUAAAUGUUUUUCUUUGAUGCUGUAUAUUCUCCUCGGCAGUGCAAACCUUAGGUAUAGUAGUUUGAGAUGAUCCUGUAACUUCUGUAAUAAGCAGGUGAAGAAAAGCUCCGAGUUCAGCUCUAUUUUCUUGAUUUUGAAGCAUUGAUCUGAAAAAUGGGUCAAGGGAUGGCUUUAACGGCUCAUCUGGAAUGAAAAGAGCUGUUUUAGGCUUUCUUGUUUUCCAAUUCAAGUUUCAUUUUGGACUUGCAACAAAUUUUGCAUAACGUGGAAUCCACGUGUAUGUAGAACGACAAUUUUUUUUUUUUUUUUCCAUAGAAAUAAAUCGAUGAGAAGAAAAUGUAAAGUUCUUUGAGCUUCUGGGAAUUGUAUUAAGAGUUUUUUUUUUUUUUUUUUUUCACUGAAGCUCAAAGUUGGUAAAUUGUUGCGAGAAGAAGAUCCUUUUAAGCUUCCUUGUCUAUAUAUUCCAGACUAUUUUCGAGUGUACAUUUCUUGUCUAUAAAAUGCCACGAUUGGGGCAGUAAUUAUGUUAUCGUAUAUGUUUUUAUUCCUCUAUUAAAUCUAGGUUCUGAAAUUUAGUUUGCCAUCAGUUUGCUGUAACACCCAGAAUUCUGUAUGAAGUGAUAAAUGUCCACCAGCAAGAUUAAGAGUAGCC